AUGGCUUGCAUAUACCUCGCUGGGGACUCUCUGGCCAUCUACGGCCUGGCUUCCCUCUUCAACCGCCACGGCCGGCAGGGCACGGUGGGGUCGACGCUGGAGGUGCUGUGGGCGCCCGUCCUCCUCAUCCACCUCGCCGGUCAUGAGCAGAUCACCGCCUACAGCAUCCAAGACAACGAGCUGUGGCGGCGUCACAUCGUCAUCCUGGUAACCCAGGUUGCUGUCGCCCUCUACGUGUUCAUCGAGUCGUGGUCACGUGAGCGGAGCCGGAGGCUGCUGGCCUCGGCCAUUCUGCUGUUCAUCAUCGGCAUCUACAAGAUGAGCACAAAGCCAUGGGCUCUGAAGAGGGCCACCUUGAGGAACCUGUUCAGCUCCCCGGCUAGUCUGGCCCGGAGGAAGCAACUGAUCGGAUUCGGAUCCGGAUCCAGCCAUUGGUUGUUAGACACCUGGAAGGCUCUGACGAACACCCUAUGGGUGCGGAGGAAGGCCUUCUUCUUCACUGCCGGUGAUCCUACCGGGUCCGGACCUAGUGAAUGGAGACGAGCCGCAGCCGAACAAGAAGAAAAGGAAGUAGCUGAUGCAGAGCUCGGCGUCGGUGAGUACGUUCACAAGGUGGUAGAAGCAGCCCGCGAGGCGAAGGCGGGAGGCACAGCGACUUUGCCUCUUUUCCUUGCCGAGGCCGAUACAUUUGCUGCGGACAUCCUUGUCCCCUACUCUCGCCGCCUUAAGAUACUGGAGGCUAUGUUCAAAAUUGAUUGGAAGGGGGGUAGUAGUAGCUCUGCAUUUGCAGUUAGGAUGGGUCUCGACGAGAUAUAUUACCGCCUGUACACCAGGGCUAAGGUCGCCUCGACACCCAUCAGCCUCAACCUCCGGCUCCUUACCUCCUCCCUUUCCGUCGUGGCGAUCGCCCUCUUCGCGACGUCCCCAAAGUCCCACGAUGAUGUGGUGGACGUCAAGGUGACGUACAUCCUCUUCUGCUUCGUCGCUCUGCUGGAGGUUCUCUCCUUGGCCACCGUCCUCUUGUUGGAUUACCCGAUCGUGCUACCGCCAGCUUCUUACAACGCCAAACACAUGGUGUACCAACAAAGCCUGAUAUCGAGCGCCGCCCGGAGGAGGAAACCCACACUGUGUUAG